AUGGCCAACGACAAAGAAGAGCAGCAACAGCAGCAGCAGCAGCAGCACAUCCCCACGGAGCCAAAGCAAGAACCCGAGAAAGACCAAGGUACCGGCGGAUUACUGAGCAUGGUUGGAGAUCCGGCUGGCAAGGUCCUUAACACGGCGCUCCGGCCCAUCGGUGCGCCCCUCGAGAAAGGCGUCACGGGCCCGCUGGGGAACGCGCUCGGCGGCGGGACGCGCGGCGUCCUGGGACCGCUGCUGGGCAGUGAGGAGGAGCGGAUGGAGGUUGUAGGGGGGAAGAAUAAGGAUAGCUAUGCGGGGGAGGAGAAGAUUGGCGGCAAGGAACAGACGGGGGAUAAUCCGUUGGGGUUAGAUCAGAGUGGGCGGUGGGGGUUUGAGGACGAGGGCACGGGAAAUAAGGAGGGAGAGAAGAAGGGAAGUGGGCCGUUGAAUCUUUGA